AUGGCUAAACAAAAGAUUUCGUCCUCGAGGAUGGCCAAGACACAGGCUCUCGAUGACCUGAUCAUGGGAACAAAUAGCAGCAGCAUUGUGUCAAAAAGGAGUGUCGAACGACUUUACUACCCCAAUGAGCUGCACUUCUUCCGAUACUUUGUUAACAAGUUUCAACGAAGAGCCCCUCUCAUAAACCGUGGAUACUGGCUGAGGCUCAGGGCUAUUGAUGUGAUAGUUCGCCAGUUCAUCACUGCACCGAAGCCCGGCCGAAGAAAGGUCGUCAUCAAUCUUGGAGCAGGAAGUGAUGUCCUCCCCUGGCAGUCAUACCAUCGAUAUGGCGAUUCUUGUGAGAACACACUGUUCAUAGACGUUGACUACCCGGAUCUCAUGCGGAAGAAAAGAGCUAUUGUUCUAGGCACGCAGCAACUCCGUGAAUUGCUUGGCAAUGACCCUUACAUCAGCGAAAAGGAUACAGAUCCCCUCCUUCUUCGCAGCGAUAAAUACUGCCAGGUGGGCUGCGAUCUUAGGGAAUUGGAAAGUCUUCGCAGGUGUCUCGAGUCGUUUCUGCCCUUAUCCGAAUGUUCAGUGUUAUUCGUUGCCGAAGUCUCGGUGACUUAUAUGGACACAGUACCAGCAGAUGCUCUUAUUCAAUGGGCAAGUACCAUAGGGCAAGCUGAAUUCUGUCUUUUGGAGCAAAUUUUACCUCAUGGGCCAGAACACCCCUUUGCCAGCACCAUGCUGAAGCACUUUGACAAACUCAACACGUCCCUCAAAUCUGUAAAUCAGUACCCAACCAUUGAAAGCCAGCGCAUUCGAUUCGAGAAGCGGGGAUGGGCUAGUGUUGAUGUCUGGGACCUGUGGGAGGCUUGGAACAGUCAAGUCUUCCUCAACUCGUCCGAGAGGGCUGCUCUGGAUGACGUAGAGCCCUUCGACGAGUGGGAGGAAUUCAUCCUCUUUGCAAGACAUUACAUUGUUUUACAUGCGACGUCUUACCAAAAGAGUGAGAAGGGUGCUGGGCAAAAUAUGCGAGCCUCUUCUCCUGACAUGCAUGUCAAAGCAAACACGAUCGCGACCAAGUCUCUGGGUGCGCCCAAACGACGAUUUGGUGCAGCAUUGGCAGCCUCCAAUCCAGAGGGAGGCAAAUACCUGGUCCACGCUUUGGGCAUGGGGUCUAAUGCAAGACUUGAUUCCUGCGAUGUUUAUUCUCUUCAAGAAAGCAACCCUCCUUUCGCGAUGUCGUCCAAUGGGCCUUCUGCAAGGAUCUGCCACACGAUCACGGAUCUAGGACAAGGGGACUUCCUUCUUGCUGGAGGUCGUGCCUCUCCUUCGAAGGCUCUAAUCGAUUGUUGGAUCUUAAAGAAAAACUCGAACAGCUGGGAAAAAACGUUUGAACUGCCUGUUCCUUUGUUCAGACACUCGGCUGUCCAAUUGCCAGGAUCGUCGCUGGUUCUGGUAUUGGGUGGUAAGACUGGGCCAUCUCAAAUAUCAUCAGAUUAUUUUGUCUUUCAUCCUGUCAAAGGAUGGCUCAAAUGUCUGGUCUUUGGUCUGGUACCAAACUCGACCUUUGGGGCAUUUUCUGUUGCUUCAACAAAACUCGUUGGCAAGCUUGGACAUUUUGAAGGUUUGCUGGCAGGUGGUAUAGGUGGUGAUGGAACAAUAAGCAACCAGGCGUAUUUCUGGACAGUCAACACUACAACUAACGAGCCGCACAUUCACUUUGAACCUGUACCAAACUAUGACCAAAAAUCUUGGGUCCUGUCAAUCUUCGGCGCUCAGACUGCUACUAUCGAAUCGUUGACUCUUGUGUGCGGUGGUGUCGGCCAGGAUCCUUCUGCACAAGGCCAAUCCAUGGCUUGCCUUGCGAUGAAGAACGAAUCUCUAGAGGCAUAUCUCGUAGAUCUAGGAGAAAAGGUUGGGCAAUUGCCUUUCAUGGUGGGAUCCGCAGCCGUUUCUUACAAUGCUCAACUAGUCCUUGUGGGCGGAGGAGCUACAUGUUUUUCUAUGGGGACAUUUUGGGAUGCCGGCGUUUACACAAUCGACUUUUCAAAUGCUGUCUCGGAGGUUAUACCCAAUCGAAGAAUGCACAAUGAGCCGGUAACAGUCAGAUAUCAGGAUUCACCCAAGCUUAUACAAACAUCGUCAGACAGUGGCCAGCCAGUGCCUCGAUCCAGUGCUAGUAUCACUGCGAUUCCAAGGAUCAAAUUGCAAUCGAGGUCGGACUUCGACAAGCUGGUCCAGAAUCGAGAGCCAGUAAUCAUCGAAAGUCUGGACUUGGGUGGCUGCGUAGAGAAAUGGAAUGCAGAGUAUCUGGUUCAAAGUGUGGGCGAGUCUAAAAAUGUUGGUCAGGUUGUUGUUCAUGAAUGUCAAACUCCAACAGGCAAAAUGGAUUUUAACUCCAAAAACUUCCGCUAUGUCACUGAAUCAUUCCCGACAUUCAUGACCAAGGUCGCCAAAGGAGAAGCGUUGUACUUGCGCGCUCUCUCAGAGGAAAAGCCUACAGAGAACCCUGCAAACCUUGCAGAUGACUUCCCGGCCCUGGCCGAUGACUUUCGGUUACCAGAAGAACUCGGCUUGGUCAAGGAUCGGAUGUUCAGUUCCGUACUGAGAAUAAGUGGUCGAGCAAACAUGUGGCUACACUACGAUGUUAUGGCCAACGUUUAUACUCAAGUCCAAGGAUCAAAGCGCAUGAUCCUCUUUCCGCCAACAGACGUUAACCAUCUGGCAUUUGCACCGGGUGCCUCAAGCUCAAGUCUUGAUGUCUUUUCAGCCUUAUAUGCUCAUCAACUGGCAUCAACCAACCCACACGAGGCCUGCCUGAACCCAGGCGAUCUCCUGUUCAUCCCUGCCAUGUGGUUCCAUACUGCCAGCCCAAUCACAGACCUCAGCGUUGCCAUUAACGUCUUUUUCAGGGAUCUCGAAAGUGGCUACUCAACAGGUCGAGAUGUGUACGGAAACCGAGACCUGGCAGCAUACGAAAAAGGACGACAGGACAUCGGCCGGAUUGUCAAGAGCUUCGACCGGUUGCCUCCUGAAAUACGCCAAUUCUACCUCAAAAGGCUUGCAGAUGAGCUGCUACACCAGCAACUCUGA